AUGCCUGUAAGUGAUGUCUCUUUGCUAGUGAUUCUAACACUGUCUUUCGCACUUUCAUUUCAUGUUAGUCGCGAGAUAUUUUGGUUCAAAGCGCAGCUUUUAUUUGAACCUGGAGAUGGUGUAAUGGGCGAGCAAAUUGCAGGGUUAAAUGUGCUGAAAGAGCACGAAAAAACGUUUUUAAACAAAUUAUAUAACCCAUUUUCCCUGUCGUCCCAACGAGUUACCAGAUAUAUUCGAGUGUUGUUUGCGACGACUUGUGCGUUAUGCGUUGUGUCUGUAGAACUCACACUUUGGGAGAUUGUAAAGGCAGAAAACGAGAGCCCUUUGGAAUCCACUGAUCUCGCCUCAGCUGUGUGGUUAUUCGCCUCAACGCUUUUAGCGCUAAUUCUCAUUUUGAUACAGCCUUAUUUGAUUCUGUCGUCAGUUUUGAGCAAGUUUUAUGGCGACAAGUUGAAUCAUAGUUCUUUAACGCUAGUUUGUUGCGGAAUCAUUUUAACUUGGGUUUUUACACUCAAUGGCCUGAAUGUGGGACCGUUUCGAUCCUCAAUUAGUCUGCUCACUAAAAUCUCCAUAAUGGGCGUCAGCGUUAUGGCAAUGUUGUCAGGUGUAGCAUGUAUUUCUACCCCAUAUUACAGCGUUGUUUUUUUCUGGCGUAAACGCAAAGGAGGCAGCAGUGGUGUUAGUGCCGGUCGCCUUCCUUCUUCGCACUACACACCGGUUUUCUUUUUGGAUGCAGCGGCACUGGAGGCCAAAAAGCAUGAAUGUGAAGCGCAGAUACAGGACAGUUUGGCUGUUCUCCACAGACUUGAAAAAGAACCCGUUCCACCUCCUUUGGCGUUACGCCAGCAGCUUUUCGACAGGACCAGUUAUUAUCAAUUGGAGCUAGCACGACUACAAAAAUUAGCGAGCGAGCCCAGGACAAGACAUCUUUUGAAGCGUGCAUUUCACCUUGGCUUUCUAGCUUAUUGCAUUUACAAAUUGAUCUCGAUAUUUUUAUGCAGAGUUCCGACUUUGUGGAUCCACAGCAUACGGCAUCCUGAGGACUACGAGUAUGAAAAGCUGAUGAAGCAUAAUUCCGGCGAAUCUAUAGCCGGUGAUCCUCUCGCUGUCUCUUUGGCUAAAAUUUGUGACUUUCUUAUAUUCCGAUUGAAGGAAAAAACACAGCAGGAAUCUCUUGUCAAACAAAUCUCUUUGGUUUUGUCAUUAUCGUUAUUUGGCUGUUCCGUUACAACCGUUGUAACGACGAUAUCAUACCUUACUACCCUUCUACCUCUUCGAUUUCGUAUUUUGGCAUUGAAAUCAAUGAGGCAAAGUCCGAGGAACGAGCCCCUUCCAACGGUCAAUCCGAAGAGCUUCCGAAAGGGCAAGUCAGAACCGUCGAUUAUAAAGAAUCUUCUUAUCUCUGAACUUACAGGAAUAUACGUUCUUGCCACGAUACUUAUGGUCCGCUCAAAUUUAGCAAUAGGUGCGGCUCAACGCUUAAAUCGAAUGCUCGGAGAGAAAUCCACAGUGCCCUACAUUGUUCUCGAUGUGUGGUUCGACAAAAUAUUUGCCUUGAGCGCUAUUAUGUCCCUGAUAGGAAUAAAGCUGGCGGAAAGGACAUCAGAGUAUCCAAGAAUGAACUCUGUAUAA